UCAAAAGAGGAUAUCGACGCAUUUGCCUCGGCCUGUCGUGGAUUGCCUAUUAUCGCCUCAAUCCGAGUCCGGGAUGUCUCUGUUCGAACUCAUCGCGGUGCAACCCUUCGAUCUGAGUUCGAAUACUUCCGUCACCUCAUCGACACCCCUGUUGAUGUCGACUCAGAGUACUUGCGCAUACUUCGCCGUGCCUAUAUGUUCGACUCAUCCGGAGUUCCUCCACAUAUAGCCGAGAAAUAUCGCCAACUUGUUGGCACAAUAAUUGUGGCGUUUGAGCCACUGAGUGUGUUUUCCAUGUCGCAACUAUUAGGAAUCACCGAGGAAGAGGUCCUAGCCAUAUUGGAACCAAUUAGCUCAAUUGUCGAUUUUUCUGAAGCAAGUGGCUUGGAGCGUUCCUCAAAAGGAUCCUCGGAUGACCCGAAGGGUGUCAAAUUCUAUCAUGCAACGAUGAAAGAGCUCAUAACGGGGGAUUUGAUUGGUAAUGAAGAUGACGAAGUAUUCUUUAUCAAAGAUUUGUGAGCGGGAUGUGUUUGGGGAGCCUGCCAUUCUCCCUUUAGGAGAUGAACGGACAUGGGGAGAUUUUUGGGAGAGAAAACAUCAUCUCCCUCAUCAUCUCCGAUAUGCUCGUCAAUACUUAUUAGAACACCUAGACCCCUCACAACUCUUUGCGCAAGAGUCCAAUUUGCGGAAUGAGUUUAAUACAUUCCUAACACGAAACUUGGUUACAUUUAUGCACCUGGCACCAUCCAAUGAACGGAAUCAGAGAUUCCCCGAUGGAUUUGAUAAAUUCACUGACCAUGAUUCAUUCAAACUCUUGAGGGAAGCUCGAGAGAAACAAUCAGUGGAGUAUGCGUCUUGGGAGUCCGGCGCUUAUGUGACUUCCUCGGCACCAUGGCACCUCCAUCGAUCAACCCUUCCUCUCACCCCGCCCUCAUCACCUUUGUACAAACUGUACGGCCACCUCUCCGAUCCCGUCCGGAUUUUCACCAUUUCCGGCGAGUUUUCCGGGCACAGAAUCCCGUUGAGUGAGGAUUUACUCCAUGCUCGAAUGGUCAUGGAGGCGAAGCUACCUAAUUUGCCAAAGAAGGCUGACAGUCGUGAUGAGUAUGAUGCUCAAUUCAACGACCCUGAUGUUCGUAAUGGUAUUGUGACAUGUGCAGCACUCUCCCUUGAUGGUCAUCAUAUAGCUCUCGGUAUUGGUAGCGGUGUCAUCGAGCUUGCCGAUAUUCACCGUCAGCGCACGAUUUCCCGAUUCCAGCUCGAUCCACCCAACCAUCCAGUCUGGAUCGAAUUUGUCCAUGGCCACCGAGUUGCUGCCGAGGACAAUGAGGGGAAUAUCACCAUCCUUAGCCAUGAUAUGACCCUCAUUAAUCUUGGCACUCUUCCCAACGGCCCUCUUCCUGCUGUAACUCGAGUAUCAGAUAACGGAUUAUUUAUCAUACGAGUCCCAUGGAACAGUGGUAACUCGUGGUACGACAACAUGACUCUCAUAUCCAUUCUGGACACCCCGCACAUGCAGCUCCUCGCAUCUCCUCCUUCCCACUCGGAUGAUUCCCCUCGCCAUGACACGCUCACUAUUCCUCACCGUCGCACGCUUGGGUUUUCUCCAGGAGCGCGUUAUAUCGGCGCUUUCGAUGGCCUCAGUGCUUUCACCUGGUCGACAGAUUCAUGUGAACUCAUUGCGCAUUAUCGUGUAACGGAUUUCAAAUUUUGGAUUAUGAAUCCCGCUGUUCCCCCUGCCUGCUCUUAUCGCAUCCCUGAUCCUGUAUCCGUUCGACCUACCCUUCCCUUGACAAAAGUUGGCGCAGCAGAUAUACAUCGUUCCAAAACAGAUGCGGGGCAUAACUUGGACGCGUCCUGGAUUAAGUGUCCAUUUUAUGUUCUUUCGCAAAACAAGGGGGAGGAGGAGUGGUGGAAGUCUGACAUCCGUUCAUCCACUGCAGGAAGAACUCCACUGUUCGGAACCGAUAUAAAACGCACUGGGCUACCAAUGUUCUUCAAUGGCAAAUUAGAAUUCGUUAUUCCCAAGGAGUACCAACCAGUUGUUUCUUAUGACGCCGAAGGUCUAGGCGCUUGGUAUGGUGAUCAAGUGCCAUUUGAUCCUACCCUUCUGUACAGCCCUCAGUCCAGCAAAGAUGGGACUCGAAUCCUCCUCCAAGGCCGGCAGGCGGCUCCAAUCAUUGUCGAUCUCAGUCAAGUCGUUUAGGAUGUUUGUGGCCAAUUGAAAUAUUUUCCUAUUUACCUUGCGCGUUCUAUCCACGAUCAGAGGGGGGAUCGCAAAGUUUCGCCAGGUCACCCUUCCAUCUUUCUGGACUCGGACGAGAUUUCCUUUCGCUACGGCGAAGUACAGCUCGGGCUUCAACGGAUCUAUGAUCACUCUUCCCUUGCACUGCCGUUUAGUCCCGGGUCGGACAAAAUGACAGCGUUGCGACCACAGACUUUUUGAUUUUGCUCUUUUCCAUAGUUCCCCAAUUC